UCAAAGAAAUUUCCGUUGGAGUAGUCUUGUUCUCAAAGAAAUCCCCAAAAGCAAAACCCAGAAAACUAUCAAUGUCUGGAAUGGAAAGAUUGCAGCGGAUGUUCGCCGGAGCUGGCGGCGCGUUAGGCCACCCGCCACCGGAUUCUCCCACUCUGGACUCUUCUGAGCAAGUUUACAUCUCUUCUCUUGCCCUCCUCAAGAUGCUUAAACACGGGAGGGCUGGAGUUCCUAUGGAAGUGAUGGGAUUGAUGUUAGGGGAAUUCGUGGAUGAGUAUACGGUGCGCGUCGUGGAUGUGUUUGCAAUGCCUCAGAGUGGUACUGGAGUGAGUGUUGAAGCUGUUGAUCAUGUUUUCCAGACCAAUAUGCUUGACAUGCUCAAGCAGACUGGCAGACCUGAGAUGGUUGUUGGUUGGUAUCAUUCACAUCCUGGAUUUGGCUGCUGGCUUUCUGGUGUUGACAUCAAUACUCAGCAGGUUAUCCUUGUCCUUUUCCAUUUUGAUUGUUAUUUUUUCAGUUUCAAUUUUUUGGGUUCUUAUAGAUGCAUUUUGCAGGCAUUGAUCCAUGGUUUGAACAGACACUACUACUCAAUAGCCAUAAACUACAGAAAGAAUGAACUUGAAGAGAAGAUGCUACUGAAUCUUCACAAGAAGAAAUGGACAGAUGGACUCACACUCCAGCGUUUUGAUGCUCAUUCCAAAACCAAUGAGCAAACAGUUCAGGAGAUGUUAAACCUUGCUGUCAAGUAUAAUAAAGCAGUGCAGGAGGAGGAUGAGUUGCCUCCAGAAAAGCUAGCCAUUGCAAAUGUAGGAAGGCAAGAUGCCAAGAAGCAUCUUGAAGAGCACGUCUCGAAUUUGAUGUCUUCAAACAUUGUCCAGACAUUGGGAACCAUGCUUGACACAGUUGUCUUCUGAUCUUCGUUUCUCGAAAGUCUGCAAAAAUUGUGUUUGAAGUCGUGAAAGAGGAACAUGUUUUUUGCAAUUUUGUUUUUUUUUUGAAUGUGACCAGUACCUUCAUUAUAACUCUGUGAUAGCAGCUGUUAUUCGAUAUGUUUAUGUCAUCUUAAGAUGACUUCUGACUUGUA